AUGUUCUCUCAAGCUCUCACUGUUCGCGCUGAUAGUAUCGCUCGUCAUCUCGAGACGGUCUUCCUUUUUACAAAAAAUGAUGUCAGAACCACUCUGAUUCCUGUCACCAUAUUCGCAUUAUCUGUGGCUCCCAGAUAUGACACCACCCAUGCUUGGCAUGCUCCUUUGUGGAUAUGGUUCCACUUAUUACAGUUCAAUAUUGCAAACCAGAUCCAGGAUCCGGAGGAGGACCGCAAGAACAAGCCCUCCCGUCCGAUACCUGCUGGUCGCAUUUCUGUUGACAGCGCAGCUGAUAUGCGCUGGGUGAUGAUUCCAGUCUGCUUAUUGCUAUCGUUGUGGCACGGCACCCAGGCUCUGCUAGCCAGCACCGUUUUUGCAGCGUUGACAAUCUGGUACAACGAACUUCACGGCGAUAAAAUGGGAUUGUCGAAGAAUGUACUCACAGCCAUCCUCGGUGGGUGUCUGGAGGUCGGAGCAACUGUUGCUGCCGGUCCCCACAACUCAUGCAUCGAUAAGGCUGGUGCUUUGGCGGUUACACUUAGCUCGACAGUCUUUGCGACAACGCUUCAUGCGCAAGACUUCAAGGAUGAAGAGGGCGAUCGUCUUACUGGUAGACGGACGCUGCCCACCAUCUUCCCUAAAGCCGCGCGCUUUUCAAUGAUGUUUGGUAUCCCCCUCUGGUCAUAUGGCUUGAGCUGUAUCUGGAAGCUAGAUGCGCUCUCUACCACUGCAUUUGUAGUUUACGGCGCAUUUGUGGGGACCCGAUUCGUGAUGUACAACAGGGUGGGCGCCGAUAAGCAGUCCUGCAAAUUUUAUAGCGUGAGUCGAAAUAUUACUUUGGAACACACCAAAGUGAAGCUGACAACGGACCUAUACCAGUUGUGGUAUGCGCUCGCCCAUCUACUUCCAGGUUACUGGCGUUUCUUCUAUGGUGUUUGA